GUAAUUUCGCAAAAAAACACACAAAUCAACGGAAGUCCAGAAAUUUCUAUUAAAUUGAAAAUUAUUUACGUUUUUAAAACGCUCUCAUUAACACUAACAUGAAAGGGGUCAUGUUUUUGUCAUUAAUGCUGACACUUUUAAGUGUCAGCCAUAUUAAUGCUCAAUAUUUUGGUGGUUAUGAACCUGAAGCGGAAUUUGUGCCCUUGGAAGCUCAGCAGCAACAACAAAAUGCCGAUCAGCAGGGACGUAACAAUGAGGAGAAACCAUUUGAAGUUGAUGUUGUCACUAGUGAUGUAAAUGGUGAGAGCGGUCAUCAUCAGCCUGGCUUGUAUUUCCAACAAGCCUUCCCCUUCUUUGGCAAUAAUUUGUUUAAUACAUUUGGCGGUUUUGGCAUUGGUACCCAACAGGAACCCUGGUGGAAGGGACCCAAUGUCUGUACCGAAAAGGAAGAGGAUGAAAAAGCCCUGGAAGGCGAUGAAAAAGAAGAAACUGAAACUGCAGAAGGUUCUGAAACUGUUAAACAACCCAGCUUUGGCCAGUUCCAAUUUCAGUUGAACUCAUGUGUGGAAAAGCCAAACAAAUAUGUUUGCACCAGAGUUAUUAAUAAAAAUGGCAAAAAGAAAACUUUGACCAUUUCUCGCCAGUGCUGUCAUGGCUAUGGUCGUCCACGUAAUGCCGCUUAUGCAACAACUUGUGAAAAAGUUGAAAUCAAAGAUAUUGAGGCAACGGCCGCCGAUAUGGGUGCCAAAGCGUUUGUGGCCAAAGCAAAGAGCAGCGGUUUAGCCGACACCAUACAGACGGGUAAAAACGUAACCAUCUUUUUGCCAUUGGAUGAGGCAUUCACUGCCUACAGCGAUUCGGUGCAAAGUGAAAAUAAUUUGGUUGAAAUGAAAUCGGAUGAUGGCAUGAAACAAUUGUAUUUGCGUCAUGUUGUGGAUGGCGAAAUCAGUUUGGAUGAUGUGCGCAAUGAACAGAUUUUGAAAACUCAAGUAGAUGGCCAAACCAUACGCAUCAACAGCUAUCAGAUGCCCAUUUCCUUGAGUCCCGAACCUUAUCGUUAUACCGCCAACUGUGUGCCCAUUGAGAAGCAUGAUAAACUCUCCGAACAGGGUAUGGUUCAUACGUUGGGCGGCGUUUUGAAAUCCACCAACAAGAAUGUUAUGGAUAUUAUACGCCAGCGUGCCGAUAUGUCGAUUAUGCGCACUGUUUUGGAAAACACUAAGUUGAAUGAAUUGUUGGAGGGUGAGAAGCCGGUGACCAUAUUUGUACCCACCGAUGAUGCCUUUGAGAAAUUGGAACCUCAUCUACGUAGAGCUUUGAAGGAGGGCAAGGGUUGUGCCUCAAACAUUCUUAAAAACCACAUCUUGGAUUUGACCUUCUGCUCGGUGGCUUCUAUUCCCGGUGCCAAAACUACCGCCUACAAUUUAUUGGGUGAACCCAUGCGUUUCAAUCGCAGCAAAUCAUUGGAUGCCGACUCCAAGGAACAACAACCCGUUAUGAUUAAUGGCAUUGCCAAGAUCACGGAGGCUGAUAUUAUGGGCUCCAAUGGUGUGGUCCAUGUUAUUGACACCAUCAUGCCCACUGAAUCGGCUUUACCCUUAUCCUCUUUGAUGCAAGAGAAAAAUGUCACCAUUUUUAAGCGUCUUUUGGAAGCCACCGGUUUGGACAACAAAUUCGAUGAUAUGGACAAUGUAACCGUCUUUGCCCCCACCGACAAGGCCAUGCAAAACACCCAGUGGGCUAAAAUGUUGGAAGAGUCUCCAGAACAACUGAAAGACAACAAGGAUUUGAUUGAGUUCCUUAACUAUCACAUUGCCCAGCCCAUGAUUAAGACCUGUGAUUUGCAAGAACAACUUAUGCCAACAGUGGGUGGCGACAAAGUGCGCAUUAAUCUGUAUUCUACCCAUGCGCUCUUCUCCAAUGUCAUGAAUCGUGCCACCGUCAACUGUGCCCGUUUGGUGCAUUUCGAUGAUGAAAGUUGCGGUUCGGUAUUGCAUCAAGUGGACAAGCCUUUGCAGCCCACCAAACAAAACCUUUUGGAAUUGUUGGAAUCCAAUCCCAACUACAGCAAAUUCUUGGAUCUAGUGCGCAUGGCUAAUCUAACCGAUUUGUUGGCCAAUGCCGAGGGCGAUUAUACUUUGUUGGUGCCCAAGAACGAUGUCUUCGAGGAGCUGGAAGAUUCUCUGUCGAAAGAUCAAACGGAAUUGGAAAAUCUCAUCAAAACCCACAUAGUCGAUGAUGUUGUAUGCUGUGCUGGCAUCAUACCCACCAACUGGCCUUUUGUACGCUCCAUUGAGUCCUUGAAUGGUCAUCAUUUGCGCAUUACCCGUGAUCGUCGUCCCAAGAUACAAAAUGCCGGUGUUACCAAAUGUGAUACAAUUGCCUCGAACGGCAUUAUCCAUGAAAUCAAUGAUGUUAUAGUUCCUCUCUCUAGACAACAGCAGCAACAACAACAAUCCCAUAAAAUUCCCCAAUAUCCCGGCGGCCAUCAAGUUCACCGACCACAACAUCCCUUCCAAAAUCCCGAAGAUAUUUUCGGUGAUCUCUUUUUCUAGAUGGUGGUAGUCCAUCGCCUAAAACUUAUUGACCGUUAGUGGAAAUAAAGCUCAAUUAUAUAAAAAAAUUCCCACACUUUCCCCAUCAUACAUUUUUAAAACGAAACAUUUACAGACAUACAUACAUGCAUACGUAUUUAUUAAGCACAAUAAACAAUUUAAAAAACUAAGAACGAAACGAAAAUUUUAAUCUGAUAUUUUCGAAUAUUUUCUACAUUAUAAUUAUUAUAUAAAUAUUUAACUUUAUAAAUUAUUAUUUAUACAAAUAAAUUAAAAAAACAAA